CCAGGAAAAAACAGAUUAAUCAUUCAAAACUGAAAUUUAAUCAAAAAAAAAAAAACGAAAGAGAGUGAAAACAGAACCGAACAAAAAAAAAAAAAAAAACUGACCUUGUUGUGGACUGGGGAAGUACCGAGUUGAGUCACUGAGUCACCACAGUCAUGAAAACCCUAACCAACCCAAGUUGCAGGGUCUCCUUCGACUCGUACUGCAGGGAAAGAGGUUCUUCUUCUUCUUGUUCGUCUUUGAUCGAGACGUGUUUUUUAAGGCCUUGGGUUAAAGUUUCUGGUUUUGGGUUCUUGAACUUCAACAAUGUCAAGCUAAGCAACACGUUUAUUGAUCCCGUUUCUUGUAUCUCACCCAAAAACCAGGUGGACUUGGAGGCAGAGAAUGUUCAAGCUAAAGGCAGAUAUCAAUCAAAAACAGCUCGUGUCAUAUUCAAGUUACAGAAAGAAUGUAUGUUUGGUGAGCAUUUUUUCAUAGUGGGAGAUGAUCCUAUUUUCGGUUUGUGGGAUCCAGAAAGUGCAAUACCGUUGAACUGGUCAGAUGGGCAUGCGUGGAUUGUUGAGCUGGAUAUACCUAUUGGAAAAUCGAUCCACUUUAAGUUCAUACUUAAAGACAGCAAUGGGGAGGUCUUGUGGCAGCCUGGUCCAGAUCGGGUUUUUCAAACAUGGGAGACUAAGAAUGCAAUCACCGUCUAUGAAGAUUGGGAAAACACGGAGCUUCAGAUAGUAGCUGAGGAAGAUGAAGUUUCCAUUCAAAAUGCUGAUGAGAACUUGACUCAUCCACAAGAGGAAUUGGUGUCUGAUGUAUACAAUGAGCCAACCAUUACUAAUAAUGAUGUGACUACACAAGAGAAACCGUUGGUAGAACCACGCGAAGAACAAAUUGUUCUGAAUAACAUUCCUUCACCAGAAGAGAAGCCAAUACAAGCUAUUGUUGAAGACAGUACAAGUUACACGGAUAAUGAUUCCCUGGAAAAGAAGUUUGCUGCUAUAUCAAACAACAAUGUGGUGAUAGGUGAAGAAGUUUUAGGAAACAAUGGUAGAGUUACAACAUCCAAGAAUAUGGAGAGCACAAACAUUGAUAACAUUUUAGUCAACUAUGAAGGAGAACCCGUUCUGGUGCCUGGCUUGACUCAGACACCCCCAGAGCCAACUGAAGAAGUAAGCCAAGAUGAGGUUGAGAAUACCCUUUCCGUCGAUAAACCUGUUGAAGCAGCAUUCGAAGCUAAAGAUCAUAAUUUGCCAGAGACUCAGUUGGACGAGGAGAAAGAACUACACAAACACAGUUACCCUUUUGAAACUGGAACACCGUCAUCGAAGAUGACCGAUGAAGAAGAGGAAGUGAAGACGGUUGAAAAUCAGCUGCAACAAAAGCCUGUGAUUACUGAAUUGGAAGAAGAAUAUGACUCUGAUGUAGAAGACGUGAAUGUCCUGAACAACGAUCUUCAAUGGGGUCGUAAAACUCUGGAAAAGUUUCUGACAAAUUUCGGGUUGUUCUAGCACCUGUUGUUAUUGUUUGCCUAGGCCUGUGGAGUGUAAUAUACUUGAUUCUCAAUAUGGUUUUUUUUAUUAUGUACAUAUUACGUAGCUAAUAUUGUUGAAAUCACUCUGCAUAUUCUAUGAGUGUGCUUAAUAGAAUAGCUAGCUAAGUAUCAAAUGUAUAAUUCUUUUACGAAGUUGAGACUGAUAUGGUGAAUUUUCGUUAGUAAAAGUGUUACUUUGUGAUUUGUAGCAA